UUUAAACUUCUCUGGCAUUUUAAGAGAUUAAACUUUUCCAGUUGAAAACCUUUUCUGUCGACAUCUAUUUGAGUUAUUCCAUGUAGGUAUCACAAAAUGAUUAAUCACCGGUUGGAAGCGUAUCGUACAUACCAGCGUUUCCAACGGAUUGUACUCAUUAUCUGUGGCUGUUGGUACAUGCCAACAAAAUCUGGCAAAAUCCGCUACUAUUGGUCCGUUUGUGUGCUCUUGGGCUUGUUCAUGUACGUCACGCUAUGCUUGCAUAUAAGCUACAUCCACAGACAUAACUUGGUACUUAUGAUGAAAUACAUAGGCGUAGGAACAUCUGCAGUUGGAGCCAUUCUCAAGGUGGGAACCUUCCUGCUUAAUCGCCGAUCUCUGAUAAAGUAUCACCGGACGCUGAAUGAUCUUUUCGAGGAGGAACUUGCGCGGAACGAAAAAACACGGACGAUAAUGCUUUCGUUCCUGCCCACAAUGUGCAUCUUGGCGUACACAUACUCCGCCAUUCUGUUGACAUUAGUCUUGACGAGUGUUGUGUCUACAUAUUUAGUCAUAAUCCGUGGUCUCUGUCAUCUUCGUUUAACUACGAAUUACACUUUACCAAUCACUAGGGGAUACGGACAAUUAUGGCCCGUUUCCAACAAUUUUUUGUAUCAUUUUCAUCUGCUCUUCGAGACGAUUGUACCGUCGCUCAGUAGCACAACGGCGGCCAGCGUUGAAUGUGCCUUUGGCUUCUAUGUCUAUCAGUUUGCCUCGACGAUGCACGCCAUGACUUUCAGGCUCACAAAUCCUUUGCCCACCGAGAAGUUUUCAGACGUUCUAAAAACGUGCGUGGAGAAGCAUCAAAAACUAAUGCAAUGCCGUGACACUCUAGAGCACAAUUAUGGGCCUCUUGUAUUUUGGCACAUUGUCUCCAACGCCGUGCUUCUUUGCUCAUUGAUAUACGAGGCGAUGUCAUUCUCAAGCUUUAACGUUAAGAAGUUAACCGAGUUUAUGACAUUCGCUUUAAUAAAACUGUUACAAUCGUUUAUGUACUCAUGGUACGGUACUGUCCUGACAAAUGCGAGCGAGGAUUUUCGUAAAGGAAUAUAUUUU